UGUCUGCGUGCCACGCGUCCACCACGACGACCCCGGCGGCGUCCACUGAUCCGCCGGGACUCCCUCCAUUUCUAUAUACCAUCUCGCCCAGUUGACCCGGCCGUUUUUGUUAUCUGGCCGGCGGCGGCAGUGCUGCUGCCGCGCGCGUAGUGGUGGUAGCUACAUAAAUACAGCAACCCUGCCCUGCACAGCUACCUCCUCGUACGUCGACGGACGCCAUGGCUCCUGCCCGUCUGCUUCUGCAGUUGCUGGCUGCUAUGUGCGCGGCGGCGGCGGCCACCCAGAAAGCUGAUCCUGCGGCGCGCGGCUUGCGCCCGCUGCCAUCCAACUACCGCGUGCUCACCCAGGGAAGGUACAAGAGGAACCAGGAGCUGACGUGCCCGGACCCCAGGACGAAGCAGCCAGGCUGCAUGGUGAAGUGCGAGUCCCGCUGCCCCGACCAGUGCAUCGUCGUCUGCCCCGGCUGCAAGACCUACUGCAUUUGCGACUUCUACCCUGGCAUGUCGUGCGGCGACCCGCGCUUCACGGGCGGCGACGGCAACACCUUCUACUUCCACGGCAGCAGGGACCGGGACUUCUGCGUCUUCACCGACGCUGGCCUCCACAUCAACGCGCACUUCAUCGGCAACCACAACCCGGCCACGAGCCGCGACUUCACCUGGAUCCAGGCGCUGGGCAUCCGCUUCCUCGCCGACCACCGCCUCUACGUGGGCGCCCAGAAGACGACCGCCAGGUGGGACAGCGACGUCGAUCGCCUCGAGCUGGCCUUCGACGGCGAGGCCGUGGCCAUUCCGGCGCACACCGGCGCCGCGUGGCGGCCCGCCGCGGCGCCUGCGCUCACCGUCACGAGGACGGCCGCAGCCAACGGCGUGAGGGUGCGUCUGGAGGGGGUGCUGGACGUCGUGGCCAACGUCGUGCCCGUCAGCGAGGAGGACUCCCGCAUCCACGCCUACGGCGUGACGGAGGACGACAGGCUCGCGCACCUGGACCUGGGGUUCAGGUUCUUCGGGCUCACCGACGACGUGCACGGCGUGCUCGGGCAGACCUACCGCUCCGACUACGUCAGCCGCCUCAGCGUGAGCUCUAAGAUUCCUGUCAUGGGCGGCGCGGCCGAGUACCUCUCCUCGGAUAUCUUCGCCACCGACUGCACCGUCGCAAAGUUCGGCGACGACCGUCGUGCCGGCAUCUCCAUGCUCGCCUCUGCCGGGGCCUAUUAAAGUUAGUCGGCGUCGAUGCAACGAGCACCGUCACACGUACGACGCGCUUAUAUGACAAUAAUAUAUACAUUUUGUAUUUGUUUUCUGUCAGCAUAGUAGUUUUCAGUUUUAUCAUAACAAUCGACUCAAUAUCAUGCUUUUACAACUUACACAUU